AUGGAAUUUAGCGACCAUCACGACGACCAAGACGAGGAAAUGGAGCUCAGCCCCACGGCGCCAACACCACCAGGUUACGACGCUUCCAGGUCCAAAAUGGGCAGCGGCCGCGGAGGAGAGGCCACCCCCAGAAAAAGGGGCGGUGCUACCAACUCAACGUCUACCGGCUCUAAUAUCAGGUACAGAGAAUGUCUGAAGAACCACGCCGUUAACAUUGGAGGCCAUGCCCUCGAUGGUUGCGGCGAGUUCCUUGCUGCUGGAGAGGAGGGCACGCUGGACGCGCUGCAAUGCGCCGCGUGCAACUGCCACCGAAAUUUCCACCGCAAGGAGCCCGCAGAAGUCGGUGGAGGGGCCACUCUCGCCAACCACCAACAGCAACACACCCAGCAGCCGUUCUCGGCUUACUACCGCCACCCUUAUCCACCCCAGCCAUCGGGUUACCUCCACCUCACCACGGCGCAGCCGCACAGGCCUAUUGCCUUGCCCGCCGCUGCUGGGUCGGGCGGGUCCCACAGCAGGGAGGAAGGGGACGACGUGUCGAACCCGAGUUCAAGCGGGGGCGGUGGGAGUGGGGUUGGGCUGUUGAAGAAGAGGUUUAGGACCAAGUUUACGGCGGAGCAGAAGGAGAAGAUGGUGGAGUUUUCUGAGAAAGUGGGGUGGCGGAUUCAGAAGCAUGACGAGGCGGCGGUGGAGGAGUUCUGCGCCGAGACUGGGGUGAAACGACAGGUGCUCAAGGUUUGGAUGCACAAUAACAAGCACACUAUCGGUAAGAAGCCCUAA